AUGUUGGAAAAUGACCGAGCCAAACUACUGUGGGAUCAUACUAUAGCCACCGACCACAGUGUGUAUCACAAUAGACCCAAUUUAGUUCUGUUUCUAAAGGAAGAACGAGCGUCCUUCAUCAUCGAUGUAGCCGUACUAUGGGACCGGAACACUGUUGAAAAACCGCCAGAGAAAAUCCGAAACUACGGCGCUUUAGCGGGCGAUAUGAAGCAGAAUUGGAGACUACAGAAAAUUGAAAUACUUCCAGUGGUGAUUUCAGUGACGGGAUUUGUCCUGCAGAACUUGCAUGAAGUGCUGAAAUCGCUCGAUUUCAGAGCUGGACUAUACAUGGAAAUGCAAAACGGUCAUCAACGCAAUCUGUGGAUUUUGGCUUUAAUCCGUAUUGUCUUCUAUUUAAAAUCUAUGUAG